AUGAAGUUUUUUAAUGCGCCUUUGACUGCGGCGCUGACUGGUCUUUUACUCCUAGUGCCCACUGCCCAUGGAUUAUUUGAGUUUAAAUGUAAUAGCGGUGAAAUAGUCAGCGAGAAUCUAGUUAGAAGUAACGGAGGAGCUGCCAGCUUUUAUGAAUGUAGAGAAGGAGACCCUGCUCCACCCGCUGGGGAAUGGUUCGGGGUAAAAUGA